AUGUACUGGCUGAUUGGUGUAGAUAUUGUUGCACCCAAAUCAGUCGCUAAAAAAGUUGCAGCUACUCCUGCCGUGGCCAAGGCCGACAGUUCCAAGGUCGUCAAGACUGUGAACCCUCUGUUUGAGAAGCGUGUCCGCAACUAUGGUAUUGGCCAGGACAUUCUUUUCAAGCGCAACAUGUCUCGAUAUGUUCGUUUCCCCGAGUAUGUUCGUCUUCAGCGUCAGCGAGCCAUUCUUAAGCAGCGUCUAAAGGUUCCCCCCGCAAUCAACCAAUUCACCAAGACUCUUGACAAGAACACCGCCACUCAGGCUUUCAAGCUGCUCAACAAGUAUCGUCCCGAAACCAAGAUUGAAAAGCGUGCUCGUUUGACCGCUGCUGCCGAGGUUGUUGCCGCUGGAAAGAAGGUUGAUCAGGGCAAGAAACCUGUUGUUGUCAAGUACGGCAUCAACCACAUUACUGCACUUGUUGAGGCUAAAAAGGCUCAGCUUGUCAUUAUUGCUGAUGAUGUUGAUCCCAUUGAGCUUGUCAUUUGGCUCCCCGCUCUUUGCCGUAAGAUGGGUGUUCCUUACUGCAUUGUCAAGGGAAAGGCACGUCUUGGAACCGUUGUUCACAAGAAGACUGCCACUGCUCUUGCCAUCACUGAUAUCAAGCCCGAGGACAAGCCUGAGCUUGCUGCUCUUGUUGUUGCCGUCAAGGCCAACUUUAACGACAAAUCUGAAGAGAUCCGUCGUACCUGGGGUGGUGGUAUCAUGGGACAAAAAUCCAACAACAAGGCUGCCAAGCUGGCUCGUGCUGCUGCCAAUGAGAUCAAGGUUUAAAUGUGUGGUGUAUUUUCGAUUUAUUUUUUGAAAUGCAAACCAUUUAGUUUUAUUUGUUUCUUUUUACAGCCAUAUUCAUAUAAAAUGGAACACUUGUAUUUAUCUUGC